AUGUUGCCAAUUAAAAUAAAAGUAAAAUAUUCUAAGUUUAACUAAAGGAUAGUAUCAAUGACAUUUAUAUGUUGGCAGCUUAAUAAGGAUCUUAGUAUCACAUUAUUUUAUAUUUUAGAAUAUAAUUAAAUAGAAAUACUACUUUAUUUGUGCCAUCUAAAAAUAUAAGAAUUUUGUAAUCUAAUUGGAAUUAAAAAUUGUAUCAAAUUUUUGUGCCAAAUGAUUACAGUCAAACAAUAACAAUAGAAUUUAGUAAUUGA